AUGGUUGCCACGGGGCUUUUCACCCACGAAGACGAAACGUCCCGUGUCAUGGACGAGCUGGUCUCGAUCCGAUACACGGCGUCUCAACUGCGAUUCGCUUUCGUCGUCCUCCUCGAGCUGGGCGCCAAACCCCGUACUCUGCACGACAAGUACGAGGCACAUUUGAUGAAAUACUUUCUCGACAGAGGCUCAUUUUUUUGCCACGGGAAAGCUGGUUGCGGAAAAUCCACGCUCGCCGAGUACAUCUCCUACUACGUGCGCUCCUUCAACAAAGGCUGCGUCAAUGUGGCCUCUACGGGCAUAGCAGCCCUCAACUUGCCAGAUGGAGCCACCGCGCAUUCCACCUUCAAGAUCCCGAUAGAGGACGCAGAGCACCUUACCUGCCGCUUGGGCCACUCCUCUGCGGACGCCCUUACCAUCGCAGCCGCCGCAGUCAUCCAAUGGGAUGAGUGGCCGUCUUGCAAGCGCGCUGCUUGGGACGCGGUCCUCGACUACCUCGCGGCGCUGCAGCGCGCCCACCCCGACGUCUACGUCCCAAAAGUAAUCAUCACAUACGGGGACUUCCGACAGAUACCACCUGUUCUCAAGCGCGCAUCGAGACAGGACAUCCGCGCCGCGAGCGUCACGACGUCGCCUUCGUGGCCGCCCUUCCGCACUUGGCAACUCCGCACCGCGCGCCGGCAAAUCCACGACGCAGACUACGCUUCGUGGAUCGAACGCAUCAGCCAGGGCGACCUUCCGCACACGCACUCCAUCGAUGGCGAGCCGGGCUACGUCGAGCUGGACCGCUGCUCCGUCAUCCACACCAUGGACAACGCCAUCAGCUAUUGCUUCACCCGCGUCAACGACCCCGCCGAGCGCGCCCGCCGGAAGAUUCUGACAGCAACAAACGAGGCGAGAAAUUGUUUCAACGACCGUAUCCUGGACACUCUGACGCAGACGCACUUGCUGCGCCAAUUCGUUACCCGAAGCUCGGACGCCAUAGAGUACGACUCCAACGGCGAC